CUUCAUGGCACUCCUCCCACCUCAAAAUGUUAAAACACCAGCCUGGGAUCCUCCUCAGUCCAUUCCAGCUCUUCCCUUGCUUCAGUCAGUGCUCGCAUCACAGCAGUGAUGAGAGCCGAUCUGAAGCCACACUGUGUGGUGAACCACAUUCAUUUGUUGCAAGGAAGAGAAGAGGAAGCUUGCGGUGGCCCAGCUUCUUCAGAGCUGAAUUAUGUACAAGUUCCACAAGACAAUUCUUUUAACAGUGUAUGCGGCUCCUGCCUGGGCAGUGGAAUUUCAUAUUAACGGGGUGGAGAAAACCCCACGGUUCAGAUAAGGUCUUCAUCUAUAGACGCUUCUGCCUUAAGCACUGCACAGCAACACUUUGCAUGCAAAUGUCUCACAUCUGCACAUGCUCAGUGCAAAUGAAGAAAAAUCUUAUGAGAACUGCAAGGAUGGUUAAAACUGUUUUUUUUCCACCCACCUAAAGAGGAGAGUCUAACCACUCAUAGUUCUCAUACUUCUUUUUAAGCAAGCCUGUAGAUAUUUUCUCCUCUUGCUGAAAAUCCUGUGGUUGUUGAAGCAAUGAGUGGGAGUUAAAUGAUUUUUCACAUGCUUUUUACUGCUUAUACCAGUUUAAUGCUUAGGCUGUGUUCAUACACCUCUCAAUUCUCUUUUUGUGAAAAUCACUUUAUGCAUUUUAGUUAAGAAAUAAGAAUUUGGUCAUUUACAUUCCAAUAGUAAAACACAGAGCUAUAACUUUUUAUUUUACUUCUGAAUGGUCCUUAAGUUCACUUGGUAUAGAACCUACAUGCACUCUUCAGUGAAGGCAGUGAAUUAAAGUAAAAUAUCAAGAGAUGGUAAAUGAGAAAAUACAAGUAACCCCCAUUUCCCCACAAAUACUCACAACCAUGCAUGCAUCUGUCCAAGCUGUCUUGUUUUAAUGUUUAUAGUGCAAUUUUAUAUCCUCAUUUUAAAGUCCCGCAAUGAAUUUGAUAAUGUCUGCAUUUCUUUGUUCUUCCUUUAUGAACAACCAAGGACAGAAAAGCUCCACAUUAAGAAUUUAUGAGCUGAAAAAUGAAAAUUAGUUGACUUCAUUUGCUGUUGCUUUGUGUAAAGUCAUUUAUGAUUCUUUAGUAGCAGAUUUAUGUCUGUACUACUACUACUACUAUCUCUACAUAAGGGAAAAACACAGAAAAGUCUGACUUAAAGUAAUUUGAAGUUUGCAAGUGGACGGUGAAAUGGUUGUCAACAGAGAUAGUAGUUAAGUAACAAGAUUGACUGUAAGUAGUAAGUAAGACCAAAGGUCUUAAUUAAGUACACCCAUAAAAGUGUAUUUUAAGACCACUGCUCCUAGUCUUAGUAGUCUAACCUGUUUUGAAAUCCUAAUAUAUACUUCUUUUAACUUUAUAGGAAUCGUUCUAGCUGCCUUUAAGCCACUUCAGAUGAGGAUGCCAUGGGUUGCUACAGCUAUUUAGGAGAAAGAGGAAAAGAAAUUGUGCUGUGUAGCAGGUAUUCCACAAGUUGUUUUUUUUUUUUUUUAAGGGAGGGGAAGAGGAUGGUGGGGGAUGGCUCCUGGAGGACUUGAGAUGGCAAGCCUCAGGAUUGGUGGAUGGCGUUGCUUGGCAUGGCCCCCUGCCAAGCCCUUAUGUCUUUAUAUACUGUUAACAGAAGACCAUCCAGUCCUGAGUGUGUCUCUGUCUUCACCCCCCUCUCUUUCUCUCUAUCUCUGCUACUGCUCUUCUCCUCUCUUCAGCUGCUCACCUCAUCUGCUGACCUUCAUCUGCAUUUGCAUGCUCCUCAGCUUCUUUCUCCACAAGAGCAAAACACAUCUUCAAACGCUUUCCUCCUUUAGAAAUCAGCUUAGGAGAUAUUAGAACAAAUUUGAAAGAAAUCCAUCUCUGGUUGUUGAUAGUACUUCCGUGCAAAAGAAAAACCAUGCCACAGCAGAUGUUUCUUCUGUCAGUGGUGUCCAUGUGGCUUUUGGCUGGGUACUUCCCAGCUGAAGCAACAUACUACAACCAUCCCUUGUACAACCGCCAUUUGUACAAUUACCGCCACCGCAUAUUCAACCACCAUGCCAGCAUGGACAAUCUACUGCCUCCAGAGGUACCAGCAGAGGCGGAGGUACUACCGCCUCGCACCUUUCAUGGGAUCAUGUUUGACGCCGGCAGCACUGGCACCCGCAUCCACAUCUACAAGUUCAUUCAGAAGGACCCAGCUGGGCUGCCGGUGCUUGAUAAUGAAAUGUAUAAUGCAGUGAAGCCUGGACUGUCAGCAUAUGGAGAUAAUCCUGAAGAGGGUGGAGAGACCAUCAGACAGCUGCUGAAGGUGGCUAAAAAGACCAUCCCCAAGGAGGAAUGGUGGCAGACCCCCGUGUUACUGAAAGCCACCGCUGGCCUGCGGUUGAUGCCCAAGGAGAAAGCCCAAGCUCUGUUGGACGAGGUGAAACAUGUAUUUGACGAAUCUCCUUUCUAUGUGCCAAAGAACAGUGUCACACUCAUGAAUGGCACAAAUGAAGGAGUGCUGGCCUGGGUUACAGUGAAUUUCCUGACAGGUCACUUGUAUGCCAAUACCAGAAAAACUGUAGGAAUCUUGGAUCUGGGUGGAGGUUCAACCCAGAUCACAUUUCUCCCAAAAUCAAAGAAAACAGUGCAGAAUGCUCCUCACGAUUACAUUGCGCGCAUCAACAUGUUCAACACUACUUACGAGCUUUACACCCACAGUUACCUUGGAAAUGGACUUGUUGCAGCCCGACUGGCGACUCUCGGUGCGCUUGGAGCAGAUGGUCUUGACUACAAGGUUUUCACAAGUUCUUGCCUACCUAAGAAGUUCAGAGAAGAUUGGACCUUUGGUGGGAUCACCUACAAAGUCAGUGGAAUCCCAGAUGGUUAUGCAGGAUAUAAACUGUGCUACCAUGAAGUGAUGCGUGUAGUGAAAGGGAUCAUACACCAGCCCUAUGAAGUCAAGGGAAACAGUGUCUUCUAUGCCUUCUCCUAUUACUAUGACAGAGCUGUGGAGUCUGGCCUUAUUGAUGGCUCCAGAGGCGGUGUUGUUGAGGUCAGAGAUUUCAAGAAGAAAGCCAAGGAAGUUUGCAACAAGAUGACUAAAUACCGUCCUAUCAGCCCUUUCUUGUGCAUGGAUAUGACCUAUAUCACUGUCCUUCUGAAAGAGGGAUUUGGCUUCAAGGAUAACACUGUUCUGCAGCUUGCUAAAAAGGUGAACAAUGUUGAAACGAGCUGGGCCUUAGGGGCAACUUUUGAUUACUUUCACAACCUGAACAUUCACUAAAGCCCGCAGACUUUUUGGUGCCACUGGGUGGGUAAACACAGGGUCAGAGUGAGGAACCUCGCCUACGCCUCACACUCCUCACUGAGCUUCAAGCAGCCCUGCACUGUAGCCGUGCUCUUCUCCUUCCCUACCAUUCAAACACCUAGAGCGUUCUUUCCGCAACGAAAUGACCUGUAUUUCUGUAAAAAUGGCCAGGCCAACCUCAUAUUCCUACUGUAUGCUUAACCCAGGAGUAGUUUAUUUUUGUAACUUGGGGCGUUUACAUUUUUUUUCUCUCCUUCUUUCGUCUCACCUGAGGCGCUGUCUGUCUAUUUUGGCAGUCUUUGAGUUUGUGAUGGGUAGUGAGAUUUAAUACAACCAUUCACAGCUUUUUAAGGACCUCGCCUUGUGCUGCGUACAGAAAUUUUUUGCGGGGGGGGGGGGGGGGGGGGGGGGGGAUUAUGGAAAUGAAUUGGAAGUCCCAGUAAGAAUGAUCAGGUUUCUGUGCAUUAACGAUCUGUUAGUAAUCGCCAGUCAUGUGUUUACACAUUACUAAAAAUAAAUGGAUCCAAUCUGUAAAACUUUUUAAAUCAUAUUGCAGUACAAAUUCUAAAAAUACUAAACCCUAUCACAGCACAAAUAGUUUAGUUGUAGCAGUUUAUUUACUGUUGUUUAUGUUUGUAAUUAUUGGUGGAAAACAGGUCGAGAUGGAUACAAGUGUACAAUCACCUCAUCACUGAAUUUGGUCAAGUGCAUGAAUGCUGUUGUAUGAAUUUAUGUACGUGUGUAUUUAUGUAUGUCUGUUCGUAUGCUGAGAAGCUUUAACUUUAAAUGUUGGACUGGAACGUCUAGUGCUACAACAGAAAUCUUGCAGAUAUUUUGGACAUGUAAGUAUAAACUUGAGAUAUUGUGAAACUUGCCCAAUUGUGAAAGCAUUACUGAUUUGUCUACUCAUAUGAACUCAGGUUUCUACCUAAAUUACCCAGUCAUCUAGUGAUGUUAGAACACUGUUUGCAUUAGCCACAUUACAGGUACCCCAGCAUAGAACAUGAACACCUCUGUGGGAAUGUGUGUUUUCAAAAAAACAAAAAACAAAACAAAAAGGCUUUUGGCUCAAUGCACUUAAUAUGCAAAGUAUCUUUUGUGAAUUAUUGUAUAAAUAUAAAUAUUUAUUACAUAUAGAUAUUGUUACUUAAAUGCACAACAGUGCAUAUUCAACAUUGUUAUUAAUUUGUAUGUAUUCUAGUCAUGACCAUUCCUACUUUUAACAUGCCUAUGUAUAUACACAUUACCCAUGACUGUAUAUAUCAACUAAUCAUCAAUAGGAUUAUUAUUCAUAAUUAUUUUGUGACAGAAAUAACUGAUGUGAUCAUGUGCAUAAGUUAUAUGAAAAAUGUUAAUGAUUAUCCUUAAUACUCUCUGCUAAACACAACAGAUGCUAUAAAUAUGCUUUAACCUGUUUCAGUCAUUGUCGAUUAUGUACCGUGUGAAUAAAAAAAUAAACAAACACUCAUUGUUAAAGGCUUUUAACCUUGUAGUUACAUGACAUGGUAUACUUGUGGAUUGUUUCUAAAAACAAUUAAUCAUGCUUAAUAGUUCUCUUGCGCUGGUAGAUCAUAAAGUAAAACCUCUUCAUGCAAACUAUGAUCUAUAAGGAGUGCCUCAAGGCUGCAUUCCCGGUCCACUUGAAAUUUUGCAGGGAAUCUACAAAUGUUUUUAUUUAAGAACUCAAUGAGCUUAGGAAGUUUGUCUAUAAAAUAUGUGGUUUUCUGAGCCACAGAGACAAACAAUUUACAACCAUGCAAACACCACCAGCAGCUCAAACUAAUUUCUGUUUAUAUGUACAACAUACAUAUAUACAUGGUUUGUAAUUUAGAUGAAAUCACUGGGUUUUGAGUUUAUUUACAACUAGAAAAUAACUACAGUAAGUCUUCAGAGAUUCGCAAAUCUUCACAGGGCUGGUGUAAUUAAAUCAGCAUAAUUGUUCAAUAAACACUGGCAAAGCAAAAGAAAAGAUAACAAUGAACAUCAUGAAUUGUUCAGCAAAAAGCUAACAAGAAAUUGGAUUAUUUAUUUCUACAAACUGAAUACACUGCCAAUUGUGAACUACUUUCAUAGUCCCAGAAUGAUAAUU